AUGAGAGGCACAUGGUCAGAGAGCGAGCAACUGGCACUAGCCCAAGACAUUGCAGAAGAGGUCCGUCGCCAUGGAGGUCAACUUCAAGCCAACCAUUUGCCGGCCAUCCGUCCUGACUUCCGGAAACGUCUAGGUGAUGAAAAGCUGUUGCAGUUCAUCAGUCGAUUCCCCAGCCUCUUGCAAACCCAAGCUCGGCACAAUGGGCACGUGCUAAGCCUUGCGGAUGCACCGCUUCGGCCUUCGUUUGAAAAACAUCUCCUGGGCUGCGCACCUGUGGGUGCCACAUGUCCUGGUCGUGGUCUUGGUGAACGCGCCAUACACGCCCUGAGGCAGCUGGACAGGGAACUGUUUCGUUGUGCAUUGCGGGAGCCGCCACAGACUGUGGAUGUGGCUUACUUACUGCACAAUGGCAAGGUGCGACGGAAGAUUGGGGCUGUGGUGAGGUUUCUGCCAUUGAUGGAAUUGAUCAUGCAAGAAUCAGAAGGGCCAGAAGAAGCAACUGAACCAGGAAAAGGAUGCCCGCUGUCUGCACAUGCCCGCACAUAUGCAGGGUAUUUAUUGCAAUUUCUGCGUGACCGGCCAGAAAAGUUUCAGUUGGAAAGGGGAGGACGACGAGAUUCUACCUCUUGUGCCAAUGGAGAUCCAAUGUGCUCUUGUCAUUUUCAAGUCCUUGUUCUUCCCAGAGAUGGAAUCGACGAUGAUGAAGAUGAUGAGGCCUUGAUGGCUUUGUUGCUCCAGAAGAUCCGGCUGGUCAGUCAAAGCACAGGAAGUCGGAAGGUACCUCUGGUGCGUUUGGGGCGCGAUCCUCAAGUCAAGGAGGCGCUCUGUGGCCGCUCCCUGCUUCACUGCCUCGAACGGCACCUGGACCGGGCAUGCCGUGGAGCUCGGAUACGACUGGAGACUUGUGGUGCCUUGAUGGUGUCGCUUACAGAUGACCAGGAGCCAAUAGAAGCUGAUAUGCCAACACCAGUCCGUGCGCGCCGACGGGAUACGGAGAAGAACCGGAGGAGUGCUGGACCGGUGAACUUGUUGGGCGAAGCACCUGGAAUGGCAGUACUGUUGAAGCCUCCAGGUCACACCUCUGAGGAGCAGCUGGAGGCUUUGCAAGCGCACUACGACCUGCACAAUGUGGAGAGGCGAGUCAUUUCGGUCAGCCGUUUGGAUCGCGAUACCUCUGGGGUGCUAGUGGCUGCCACAUGCCAAGAAGGGGCAGAUUGUCUAACGAACCAGUUUAAGGAGCAUGAAGUCUUCAAGCGUUACUUGGCUCUUUGCACUGGCCGUGUGGAACCUCAAGAAGGGGAGAUCAGUGCGAAGCUCUUCAUCUCUGGCUUUGCUGAAAAGUACCGAGCAUAUGUGUCGCCCAAAGGGAAGCCUUCAUUGACAAUCUACCAGGUCUUAGGUGUUUUCCGACGCAGGUGUUGUGCACAGGAAACACAAAGGUUGCAGGGCACCGAUGAGCUCAUGCGGGCAAUCGGCAGCUACGCUGCGAAAGCUCCAAGAAAGGAACCCUGCGAUGAGGAGUGGUAUAGCCUGCUGGCUUGCUAUCCUCGUACCGGCCGGACACACCAAAUUCGUGCUCACCUCCAGUUUAGAGGCCACCCUUUGGUGAGCGAUGCCAACUACAACCCCCGCGGGCAAGCAAGGCGUCACUUUGAGUGGUGUCCUCGCUUGUGGCUUCACUGCGAAGAGAUGUCAUUGUUGGACGUUGAGGGACGGCGCCAGCAUUUCAGGGCCCCAUUGCCAUUGGAUUUGCUGAAUGUCUUGGAGAAACUCGAGGCCGCAGAUGGAACCAGUGCAGCGGAUGUGGUGAGUGCUGGCUGCGUAGCUGGGAUGGUGCCUCGUAUGGCCAGGUGCUGCAGGUUCAGGGCAACUUCCAUUGUCAUGCUCUUCCUGUUGAUCAAGAUGCUUUUCUCGCUGGCGUUUGUAGGUUUGAACGCCCCAACUUUGUUUGGUCCAAGGGUAUUCGGGUCACCUGCAUCUGCGAUUCCACAAAAAGCAAUAUCAGACAAAGCGGCUCGGGACAAUCGUGCCAACCAGAUGAACCCGAACAAUGCUGAAUACAUGGCCUCGCGUGGCAACGCUCCGCUGACUGGUGAGCAGAGGGAGGCGUUUGCAAAGAAGUCAGCACUGAGGAAGGAAAACGAAGGAAACUUCGAAAACCGUGCCAAUCAACUGGCUCCAAAGGACAAGCUGAAUCUACUCGCGUUCGAGCACUUUAAAGAGAUACUGAGAAGAGUUGUGCCUGGCAUGUCACUUCGCAAGACUGGUUCAAGGGCCAAGGGAACCGCCACUUCCAACUCGGAUUGGGACUACCACGUUAAGACGAAAAGGCCCAUGACCAUAGAGCAGCGUGACCUGGUGCUGGAGAAUUGCAGAGACGAGGGAUUGCAAGUAACAUGUCGGAAAGCCUUCACAGUAAAACCAGGGUCCGGAGCUUUCAUUGACUUCUUUCCGCCGAACGCUGAGUGGCAUGAUAACAAAGUUGAAGUCCAAGAACCUGGCAGCGUGCAAUUCGACAAGGGGGGCAAGAAUGCUGUUCGGAAGUUGAAGCAGAAAUUCCCUGAAAAAAAUGGCCAUGAUCUUGAGCAGCUUGUCCUAACGAUUCGGAGAGAGAUGGGAUUGUCGGACAGGAAUGACCCCUCUGGUGAGAAGCGUUUUCAGGAAGCACAAAGGCCCAGCACUGCGCAGCACUUACCCAGAGGUGAUGCUCGUUUUGAGACAUGGCCUCCUCGCACGGAGGUUGUGUUCGAUGAUCGGCAGGAAGGAGGGAAAGUGAAAGAGCUCAAGGCUUGUUCUGGCUUCGAGAAUGUCAGGCGAUUGGCAGAUCUCCGACCAGACAAACACAUUCUGUUCACCGAAGGUUGCCAGGAGCUGGGUGGCCGAGAGCUUUCUUCUGUGCUCCACGACUGGAAGCUCGGGGAGCGCUAUUCUAUGAACAUAAUUGCUGACAUCAAUUCUGGUUGCGAAGGUUGGAUUGAUUGGAACCUUUGCUUGGAUGAAGAGGGUGGUCCCAACCAUGUGGGGAAUACCUGUGUUGCGCCUGUAAUUUGCAACACGGAGAAGGGUGAGAUCCUUUAUCAACCGAGCUUCUGGCAUCUGGGGCAUUUCUCAAGAUACAUCAGGCCUGGUGCCCGACGGCUUCUUUGCAGCAGCACCAGGGAUGCUUUGGAGGUGACAGCCUUUCUGAAUCCAGAUGGGCAGGUAGUGGUGGUGGUCUUGAACCAAAGCGAGGAAGACAUUGGCUUUUGGUUCAAGGUGCGCCACCAAAGUUCCACACGCGCAGUGGGGAUGAUGGCCCCAAGGCGUUCCAUCCAGACGUUGCUGGUGGAAGAUGGGACGGAAGAGAGCUGGUUUAGACGGGGGCUCAGUGAUGUCCAUAGGGAGGCAUCAGCCAACAGAAGGCCGGGUCUCCCGGAGCUUGCCCUUCCAGCUGCGGCUUUGGAUGGCAGAUGUAUCGAGGCUUGGCGGAAUUUCGGACCGGGAGACCUGAGCUGUGCGAAGUGA